AUGUCUGUUGAGCCAUUGCUCAACCCAUACUACGAGCGAGUCAAGGUGGAAGCUGAUGCUUGGGCUGCAAUGAUCUAUGGGCUGGACGAGCGAAUGACCAAGCGCAAUGUAAAAGCCAAUUUUACUUAUAUGAACGCUAUCUGGGCAUCUCAUGCCGACGAGGAAGCAUACCGGAAGAUGGUGGACUGGCAUCACUGGGUCUUCGCCUUUGACGACCAGUUCGACGAGGGCCCCUUCAAGGAAGACGCCUAUUUAGCUCAGCGCGAGAUCGAUGCCACGAUAGCGAUCAUGACAGAUGAGCAUCCACCCAUCCCGAAUGAAUCAUGUCCUAUCCGCCAUGUGUUCCAGACCACAUGGAAGAGACUGUCAGAGCGAGCUGAUCCAGGACAGCAAGAGCGCUGGAUCAAGAAUUACAAAGACUAUUGUACAGGUCUCAUCCGGCAGGUGGAGAUCCAGAAGACACGAAAGAGACUCACCGUCGAUGAAUACAUCGACUUCCGGAGGCAGUCCAUUGGGGCUAUGCCUUCCUGCUCUCUAGUAGAGUACGCAUGUGGUAUCACGAUCUCGCAGUCGGUGCUCGACCACCCCUCAAGCGUAGAAUGCGAGAAAAUAUCAGCAGAUCUUGUCUUCCUGGUCAACGAUGUCCUGUCACUAAGAAAAGACCUGGAGCUCGGUGUCGAGCACAAUCUCAUCCUUCUGAUCAAGAACCAAGGUCUCACUGACCAGGAGGCUGUGGUGCUGAGGUAUGUGGAAGGGUGCCGUAACAUCGCCCUUGACAAUCUGUACUGGAGCUACAAGAGUGGCCGAUAUCUCAAGGAUGAAGGACCUCUGGUUCGCGCCACCCGUAUCCUGAACCUGCCAGCAUGA